AGGGAAAAUCAUGAGUUCACAUGUGGAAAGUGUGAAUGGGAAGGUUUCAACUAGAACAAAAAGAUGUUGGUCCGAUGAAGAGGACGCAUUGCUUAUCCAGAUUCUUCUUGAAUUACAUAGCACUGGGAAGUACAAAGCAGAUCGUGGAUUCAAGCCUGGGCUAUUUCAGGCAACCGAAAGAGAAUUUGAACAAAGGAUGCCCGGUUGUGGAAUUCGAGCUGAUCCCCAUAUUUACUCACGAAUUAAAACAUUGAAAACACAUUUCGGCACAGUUUACGACAUGUUGUACGGGUCAACAAGCGGAUUUGGUUGGGAUCCCAUCCGAAAAUGUGUUGUUGCUGAUAAACAUGUUUGGGACUCUUAUCUGCAGAGUCAUAAGAAUGCCGCUCCAUUUAAGGACAAAUCAUUUCGCUAUUUCGAUGAACUUGCAAUCAUUUUUGGAGUGGAUCGUGCCAAUGGGAAUGGCGCUGUCGAUUAUGUCCGAGCUGAGGAUGAUGUCAAUCGAGGGGAUGAGCAGUUGGGCUGUAAUCUUGAAGAUGACUUUACUGACCAUAUUUCAACACCUGUUUCCCAGCCUACUACUGAAAGAAGCUCGCCAGAGGGAAGAAAACCUAGCCGCAAACGAAAAGCUUCCAAAGAUGUCGACUUGGUUGAGGUACUAAGGGACAACACAGCAACAAUAGUGGCUGGCUUUGAGAAUGCAACUGACAAGAUUUGUAAUGCAAUUACCGACAUUGAAGUGCGUAGGAAAAGGGGUUUGCUGAAUGGUAAGCUUCUAAAGCUAGUUGGGUUGAUAUGUAGAGAUCGCAUGAAGGCAUAUCGUGUGAUAGGUUGCAGCAAAGAUCUAAUUGAGCUCUUCUUUGGUCUACCUGAAGAGCAUAAAGAGGAAUGGGUUCACUCGCUCAUCCAUGAUAGCAUAUGA